GCACGCUCGCUUACUCUCUCACGCACUGUGGACUGUUUGUUCGUCCACUCGUCAAGCUUUCGUUUCGUUUCGUUUCGUUUAGCCGACGACGACGACGACACAAUACACGAAGUUCUCUCUUUGCCCGUUGCCCAUUCACACUCACUGGCCUCGUGUGCUAGUGCGCUGGUGUUAGUGUUGGUGUUCGUGUUGGAGUGUGUGUGUUGGUGUCGCUACGGCGCUUUGUGCUUUGUUGGUUGGACAACAGCAACGACAACUACGACAACAGAGCGACAGCCGCAGUCGCAGUCGCAGUUGUAGCAGAGUCAGCGAAGACGCGCUCGCCGCUCGACGCCUCGCAGUAGUCGCGUACUUCCGCCGUUAACGUUAGCACCACACAUUUUUACUGACGAGGCUGCCACCGCCGUCGUCGUCGUCGCGGUGCACGCAGCAGCAGCAGCAAACGCAACUGCAACAAUAACAGUUAUCAGUUAACAGUUAGCCACAGGACAACAAACAAACAAAUUAUGCUGACGCGCUCUCCAAUUGAAAGCUAAAACACAACGCGCAUUCCUUUCCUCCCCCCUCGUCAACCAUCCGUCGCCCAACCAACAACACAUUAUUAUCUAGCCGGUAAAACACACAUAUACUCACAACACACACACACACACGUUAAGAAAGUGCAAAUUGUUUUUUUUUUUCAAGUGCUAAAAGAGUUGUGUACUCCAAUUGGAAGACGAAUUUUGGUGUGUUUUGCCAAUUGGACGAAGCCGCAACGCAACGUGAACGUGUCAGACAAAAACAUCGAAGCGAACGAUAAAGUUGUGAAGCAAAACAGAAAACGCAAAAACAAAGAAAAAACAGAAAAAAAGGAAAAUGAAGAACGCGCUAAAAACAACAAAAACAACAACAACAGCAGCAACAACUAGCAAAGCAUAGGCAAAUAAAUACAAGAGCAACAAGAAAGAACGGCAGUGUUCCAAUAAGAAACGAAGCAUAAAGAAUAGAAGAGAAGGAAGCGAGAAGAGGAAGCAGCCAGCAAGCAAGCAAGCACUCUGUGUUUGUGUGUGUGUUUCUGUUUCUGUUUCUGUGUGCGUGUGUUUGAGUGCGAAUGCGAAUGCGAAUCUGUUUGUUUUUGUUUUGUUUGUUUUGUUUGCUCAAUUUGCGAUAUCAAAUGAAAUAAAUCGAAUUAUGUUAAUAAAUCAUUUUGUAAUUGUAUUAAAGGCUUGCCAACAAAAUGACAACAACAACCACAACAACGACAACGACAACAAUAAAUAAAACAAAACUUAAGCUGCCGAGUGGCCGCCGCUUGAGAAACAUUUAAACGGCCCUCCGACAACAACAAAAUAAAUCAAAUUUGCUCAAAUCACAAAAAUCACUUGGAAAACAUAUUUAACAAAAAAGUAGUGCAUUUUUUUAUAUGGAAAAUUAAAAAAAGAAACACAAACAAGCAAACAAAAAAAAAAAAAAAAGAAAUAGAAAGGAAAAGUGCAAUAAUAAAAAUCAAAUCAAAGUAAAUCAUAAAAAUAAAAACAAACAAUACAUUUAUCAAGUGUUUGACGACAACCCGAAAGAGAGCAACUAGGAAAGACGAAGGAGGAGAACUUGAAGAACGAAGGAGAGGAGAGGAGAAGAGGAAGCCCGCCCAGCUGCCAUUGCGGGGGCGAGCGCUCGCCAAAGUUUCGAAACACCUUUGGAAAUUGAAACAAAAAUGAGAAUUAAAAUGCCCGCGGUUCGAAUUGCACAAGAUUCCGACUCCACAGAGAACGAUGCUGUCGCCGCACAGGACAUCCUGACGUGCGGCGCCUGCCAGAAGACCUUCGCACUGUCGGACAUCGUCCGAUUCAUACAGCACAAGGUGCUGCAGUGCAACAAGGAGAACUAUGGCCAGUGCCAGACCACACAAGCGCCCAGCAUGGAUCGCGAUGCUGACGAGGGACGUCCGCUGAGUCUCGUCAAUCGUCGCCCCUCCAUUUCGGCGCCCAUCACAAAUGCCGCUCGCAAAUCGGCGCCCGUUGGCAGCGCCACAGCGCCAGCAAGUGGACAGUCCGCAGCAGCCGCAGCAGCAGCGGCGGCCACAGCAGCAGCAGCCGCAGCGGCAGCAGCAGCCACAGCGGCAGCGAGCGGUUCACGGAUCCACACACCGCCACCAAGUCCGGCGGAUCUGUUGGCCGAUGGCGCCAGCAGCACACCCAAACGCCUCGUAGACGAGAAUGACAAUACAACGCCGAAGGCAGACCUCGAGCAAUCGGAGCAGGCGCACAUUGGACGCAGCGACGAUUGCCACUUGGAUGACGAUGCCAACGACAAUGACAAUGACAAUGACAAUGACGUUGAGAAGCCAAAGGUCAAGCAGGAGCCAACGUAUGCUGACGAUGAGGAUGAUGAGCAGCAACAUCACGUUGAGCUGGACACUGAGCAGGAGCAGACAACGGCAGCAGUUGAUGCUGAUGCUGAUUGCCAACAGCCGCUGGCGAAGCGACCCAAAAUGGAGCUGGUCGAUGCGGAAGCCAACACAGUGCAUACAGAGCCCAGCAACUACACGUGCUCGACGUGCAAGACCCGAUACACAUCCGCGUGGCGCUUGAUUCAGCACGUGCAACACUCGCACGGCGUCAAGAUUUAUGUGGAGUCGAGCGGUGGCGCCACACUCACUGUGGCCACACCUGCCGCACUCAAUGCCGCAGCGUCGGCUGCUGCAAAUGCCAGCAACAACAACAGUGGCAGCAGCAACCACAGCAGCCCCAAUCGCAGUCUCAGUCCAACGGCAGCAGCAGCAGCAGCCGCCGCCGCAGCAGCAGCAGCCGCAGCAGCUGUGGGCGUGCCGCUGCCGUUGCAUGCGCUGAUGGCGCAGGCAGUUGCCUCGCAGUCGGUCUCGCCAGCAGGCAAGCGCAGCAACAGCAACCACAACCACAACAACAGUAGCAGCAGCAGCAGCAGCAGCAGCAACAACAGCAGCAGUAACCACAACAACAGCAGCAACCACAACAACACAGCAGCAAUUGCAGCAAACACAAGCAGCAGCAGCAGUGUCAGCAGCCACUCUCCCACACAGCAGCUGAUGCAGCAGCAACAGCGUGCACAGCAGCAACACCAACAGCAACAACAGCAGCAGCAACAGCAGCAACAACAACAGCAGCAGCAGCAACAGAGCAUGGCCUCAGCAAUGGCGGCAGGUAUGCGACAUCAUCCGCUGCUGGCGCCGCCAGAGGCGAUGCACGCGAAUCCGUUCCAGCUGCUGCGCAUGCCACUGCCACCAGCGCUGGCCCAGAGCAAUGUAGUUCCUAGCGUGUCGCCGCUCUUCGGUCGUCCCACGCCCGCCGAUCACUAUCGCAUGGAGCAGCUGGUGAGCGAACAGUUUCGCCAUCAUGGCUUCAAUCUGGCUGCCGCAGCCGCCGCUGCCCAGGCGCAGUUCAAUGCCGCCAGCAACCAGCAGCAGCAGCAGCAACAGCAGCAGCAACCAACUCCUGGUGUUGCCGUCAAUGUUCCUAACGCCGUCGAGCAGCGACCGCCGUCAAGCAACAGCAGCCAGCGUGGCUCAGUGCCGCCCGCCUCGUUGCCGCCUCCAUCGCUCAGCUCGCAGCAGCAACAGCAACAACAGCAGCAGCAGCAGCAGCCACAGUCCCAGCAACAGCAGCCACAACAAUCCGCAGUGAGUCCGGCUAGCCUGGAACCGCAGCAGAUGGAUUUUUACUCGCAGCGAUUGCGUCAGCUUGCGGGCACAACAAGCCCUGGAGCUGGCAACAUUGUUAACUCGAGCUCGCCGAGUCCACGACAGAAGCAAUCGCCGCGCUUUGCGAGCCCCUCGCCCAGCUCCGUGGCCCCCGUGACACCGCGUCCUCACUCCCUGACGCCACCCGAGAAACCGGAGAAUGGCAACGCCAACAACUUGACCCUUCCCAGCACUCCGCGUUCGGCCAGCACACCGCCCCAUAGCAAGCCACAAGCAGCGGGAGCGGCAGCAACCACAGCCGGAGAUGAGCUCGAGGCGAGCUGCUUUGCGUGCGGCUACUGCGACAAGAAGUUCCGCUUUGAGAACAAUCUGAUCAUACAUCAGCGCACACACACCGGCGAGAAGCCGUACAAGUGCACCGCCUGUGACUUUGAGUGCUCGCACAUCCAGAAGCUGAUGAAGCACAUGCGUGUCCAUCGCAGUCCCACAGCUGAGGGACACGACGGGGGCAGCAGCAAUGGCGGCGAUAACAAUCAGGACGGUCACGAUGGCGGCAGCAAUGCGGACUCGCUUGAGACGAACGAGGCUGACAACGAUGACGAUCCCAAUCCCGAUGAGACCGACGAGGAGUUGAACGAUGAGGACGUCGAUGGUGAUGCAGAGGGUGAGGGAGAGGAUGAGGACGAGGAUGAGCUCGAGGAUUGCGAUGAUGUUGACUACGAAGCCGAAGAUCUGAGCGUGAACAAUCGCAUCGAUGGCAAGAGCCAGAGUCCCAAGACCACAAGCUCCGGUGCCACAUCCCUGGUCGGUGAGCUGAUGGACAAAUUCGGACUCUCGAACAUCGCCCAGUACUCCGAGGCGUACAAGCAGGCGCUGCAGGAGUCGGGACGCAAAGAGGCCGCCGCAGUUGCAGCUGCCGCAGCCGCUGCAGCCGCCGCUGCCGGCGUGGACAACAACAAUCGUGGAGGCUCAGGAGGUGCGGGCGCAGCUGGUGGAGGCUCCACCGGAGGCAACGGUGCUCAACCGCUGUCGGACAAACUGAACGGUUUGCCGGUUGCGGCGCUCCGACUGCGUGAUGAGUUCGCUAAGAACUGCAACAUGUUCCAGCCGCAGCCACAGGAUGCGCCCACAGCCGCCCAGGUGCCGCUCUUCAACCCGUUCCCCAAUCCCUUCGAGCUGUCCAAGCGCAUGAAGAUGGACGGCGGGGACUGGUGGGGCAUGUCCGCACUCCACCGCAACGAAGCGCUCUUCGAGAACUUGAAACUGAAACCCUUGGGCCUGGGUGGCGCCAACUCGCUGCUCCAGGGACCGCUGCUGAAGAAGGAGAGCCGCCAGAGGAACGACACCUGCGAGUUCUGCGGCAAGGUGUUCAAGAACUGCUCCAACCUGACGGUGCAUCGCCGCAGCCACACCGGCGAGAAGCCGUACAAGUGCGAGCUGUGCUCCUACGCCUGCGCCCAGAGCUCCAAGCUCACCCGCCACAUGAAGACGCACGGACGCACCGGCAAGGACGUCUACCGCUGUCGCUUCUGCGACAUGCCCUUCAGCGUGCCCUCCACCCUCGAGAAGCACAUGCGCAAGUGCGUCGUCAACCAGGGCAAAGCUGCCGCCGCUGCGGCGAAUGCAGCCAACGCUGUGGCUGCCGCCCAAGCUGCUGCUGCCGCUCAACAGUUGCAGGCAGCAGCCCAGGCUCAGCAGCAGCAGCAGCAGCAACAGUUGCCGACCCCAUCGCAGCUGUCGCCCGCCUGUCCCAUGGGCGUGGCAGUCGGUUUCCCGCCCCAGUUCGGUACGAUGGGCGGCCACAAUCUGUCGCUGCCGGGAAGCGUUAGUGGGGACAACGACUCGAACGCCUCGUCCAGCCUGCCAGCGCACUCGAUCUCCCUCAAGGAGGAGGCAUGACUUUUUAGCAGCUGGAGCAGCAACCCGCCACCACCACCACCGCCACCUCCGAUGCACCAACUGCAACUGCCGCCGCCUCAUGCGUUGCAACUGCGCGGCAACAACUCGUUGUUGUCCCCCAUGCAACUGCAGCAGCAGCAGCAGCAACAACAGCAGCAACAUCAAGAGCAGCAGCAACAACAGUUGGCCAGCAGUCGCAGUCGCCUCAUGUCGCGCAUCUUCUAAAGAUGUGUUCGCCCCCCCCCCCCUUUGACCUCUGACCCGCCCCACUGUAAAUACCCCAAGUCUUUUGCACUAUCUAAAAGAUUACCCCUUGGCCCCUUGCCCUUCCCCUCACCGCCCCCUGACGAGCUGCCACUCUGAAAGCUAAGCACACACGACACGACAUGUAACGACACGUUAGGACACGACCAGAGGCAUUUAAUACCAAAGCAAUAACCGUUAUGUAAUAUAAUUUUAAUGCAUUUUUUUUUUGUCCAGCUAAAAACAAACGAAAAAACAAAACAAAACAAAAAACAUAUUACCAUUACAUAAUUUGCACAAUAAUCAAUUUUUUUAAACAAUUUUUUUUUUUAUAAAUAUUUUUACGUAAUUUAUAAACAAAAUUGAAAAAGAGAGCGAGAGAGCGAGAGCAGCAGCUGCAGCCAGGACACUCGUCCUGCCAGCGACACAUUUUCCAGUGUAUUUAUAGCAAUUAAGCAACAAACAAAAUUUGUAUAAAAACAAACAAAACAAACAAACAUUAUAUAAAAAAACCCAAAAAAAAACAAAAAAUCAUCUACAACAACUAUGUGAAAAGACCCACUAAAAACGUAAAACAAAAAAUGAAAAAAAAAACCCAAAAAAAAAAAAAAACAAACAAACAAA